AUGCUUCACAUGGCUACCGACAACUACUUGUUCACCAACGGCCGGAUUCUGGGCGCCUCCUCCAUUCUGUUUGGAGGUCUGCAGCAGCUCAUCACCGACCCUGCCCAGGCCAUUGCCUCCUCCAACUCCCUACAUGUGCUCUUUGGCAUGUUCCUCUCGGGUCUCUCCGCCUUCCUCUUCACACCCAUCUUCAUGCCCAACUAUGAGGCUCAUCUGCCUUGGGCUCCCUUUGGAAGCUGGACCAACCUGAUUGCCGGUGUUCUGGUCGGCUUUGGAACCAAGCUGGGAUCCGGCUGCACCUCAGGGCACAUGCUGUGUGGCAUUGCCCGUGGCUCCAAGCGAUCCUUCGUCGCCACUGCCACUUUCUCCAUCUUCGCCAUGCUAACUGCUCGUGUGGUUGGUUCUCUGCCCACCUGCUUUGACGCUGCUGGUCAGGAGGUGGCCUGCCAUCACAUUGCCGAGAACUACUCCGCAGAAAUCCCCUACCUGGCUGGACUGCUCGGCGUGAUCAUUGUGCUUCGAAAUGUUAUUCCCAAACUCAACCUGCCUGCAAACACCCGAGCCACUCUCUCUUCCAUCUUCUCGGGCUUCGCUUUUGGCACUGGUCUGCUUGUUUCCGGUCUUGCUUCCCCCCAGAAGACUCUUGGCUUCCUCGCCGGCGUGCCCCCCAAGUUUGACCCCUCUUUGGCUAUGGUCAUGCUCUUUGGCGUCCUCCCCAAUGCCAUCUCCGUGUGGAAAUCUGGUUUCUUCAAGAAUGUGACUCCUCUUCUUACCACCGAGUUCUCUCUGCCCCAGAUCUUUGACGUGACUCCCCGACUCAUUGCUGGCGCCGCCAUUUUCGGCAUUGGCUGGGGUAUUGCCGGUGUCUGCCCUGGCCCAGGUAUCCUCGGAUCCUUCCUCGAUGGCCUCAAGGGUUUCUCCUGGCUCGCAGGCUUCAUUCCUGCUUACUACCUAGCCGGAAAGGUCUAA